UUGCAAAUUUAAUAGCGGUCAUGCGAAGGGUCGGUAACAGCAUGCUAGUAACGGUUAUUGUGUUGUCAGCAGCAUGUGGACUGGUGCAGAGCUCAGGUGUGAGCUUGGCGGGUCCAGCACCUCCUGCGCCUGUCGUAACAGCUGCAAGCUCCCAGUACUUCGAAAGGACAUUUAACCGUUUAGUAGCAGCGCCGCCGGCUGUACAGCCAGUGUAUGCAGUCGCGCCACCUCCUCAAGUGAUACCAGUCGCUCGAGCUCCACAAUUCAUACCAGUGGCACCGGCACCUCCAGUCGUACCCGUUGCCCCAGCCCCAGUUAUACCAGUGGCUCCGGUACCAAAUGUGUUUCGGGUAGCACCAGUACCAGGAGUGUUUCCUUUGCAGCCGCCGCGGCCAGUGUUUGUCCAACCGACAACAAAAGAUAAACCAGAACCAAUGGCACCAACAAAUCCUCCACAGAGUGCGCCAACUGAUCCGAAUGUAGCAAUAGCAAUCGCUACCGCUAACGCAGCGGCACCAGUUGCUACAUUCUUGCUCCCGCCUUACCCAUUUGGACCACCGCCUUCUUUCGGUUUUAUACCGUCGUCACCAGCUUUCGUGCCUGAUGAAGAUCGGGAAAAAGAAAAAACAACUGAAACCACAUCACAAACUGAGGGAACGACUACUGAGAAAGAGAAUGAAACUACUACUCCAGUUCCUACAAAUAUCGACAAUAACUUCGUUCAAGCGUUACCAUCAAAUAAUAAUGUAAACUUCAGAGAAUAUUUACCACCACCAUUCCAAUUACCAUUAACACCAGAUGCACCACAAAGACAACCUCAAUUACCUCCUCUGUCACGACCAACUCAGCUUCAACCGAGACCAACUUAUUUACCGCCAUUAGCAAGACCACAGGCGGGCAGACCGCAGAAGGUAAAAACGUCAGUCGAAGUCGUGCCAGUACCGCUUACAUAUAUCGCUCCACCACCCCUUAAGAAACAUCAUCCUGUAAAGUUGAUAAAAGUAACCAAGCACAUCCACACAUUCAUUCCAGCCGGUAAAAUUAUUAUUAGGCCAGUUUCUCAUACAGUACGUUCUGUUGGGAACGCCGCAUACGCUAAGGCUUACGGUAUACCCAUAACCGCGAAGAAAGUGGCUUUCUACCGUAAAACCAUCUCCAGGCGUUCAAAAACAAGAGACAUCGAACCAACUACCCUGAGACCUUUAAGAGGACUAAAAUAAAUCCACCUAGACUGUAAUAUAUAGCCAUAUGUUACAUUUAACCACUUG